AUGACCACAACUACAGCACCAACAACAGCAGCUCAGGAAUCCCAGCAGGAAUCCCAGCAGGAAGGCCGCCAUCUCCUUAUUCUUAACCACGGACUCUGGGGGAACGCAAGUCACGUCAAGUUCAUUGCCGACCAGUUCAAAGAGCGACUCGGCGAUCGUCUCCUCGUCUAUUGCGCGGAGGCGAACGAGUCCAAGUUUACAUACGACGGUGUUGACAUCUGUGCACAGAGAUUGGUCCAGGAGAUUCACAAGGUCAUUGAGGUGAUCGAGUCCGGUGGCGAAAUUGAGGAUCUGAAGGGACACAAGCACAAGAAACACAGCAAGAAGGAGUGCAAGAACAAGAAGCAGAAACACGGAAACCCCAGCAAAUCCUCCUCAGUCACCGCUAAUAGUUACAGCAAUACGCCAUUAUCGUCCAACCCCUCAACCGCAUCAUCGUCUUCGUCAUCACUCCACAGCCAUACCAACACCAACACCGACGGCACCGAAAAUAAGAGCAGGAAGGUGACUCAGUUCUCGUUCUUGGGCUACUCGCUCGGUGGUUUGAUCGGCCGGUUUGCAAUGGGCUUGUUGGACAUGGAAAGGUUCUUCGAUCCGAUCGAACAAGGCGGUCGAGGGAUUGAGCCAGUCUAUUUCGUAACUAUGGCCACCCCUCAUCUCGGAAUCCGCAAACCUCCUCAGACCAACUUUUCUAAAGUCUUCAACUACCUCAGCUCGCGCAUGCUCAGCCGCACAGGAGAGCAAUUGCAGCUGAUUGACGACUAUGCGAAUGGGAAACCCAUCCUGCUGGCCAUGUCAGAACCCGAGAGCAUCUUUAUCCACGCAUUGAACCGGUUUAAGCGGAGGGCGAUCUACUGCAACGUUCGUAACGACCGAUCGGUCCCCUUCUGGACUGCCAGUUUCUCGGACGCCGAUCCAUUCAUCGAACUCGAGUCCCUCCAGAUCCAGUACAGCAGCGGCUACUCCUCUGUCAUUGAGUCUUAUGAACCUCACGACUUAGAGAUGCUUGCUCAACUCCAGGACGAACGUGCCGCUGCACAGAAGGAGAUGCCUCUGUCGGAGAAGAUCUCCAACGUCAAUUGGUCUCGGUAUGGAUUGUAUGCGCUGAUCCCUGUGUUGGCGCCUCUCUGGAUCAUCUUUGCGAGCACAACGAUUUCGUAUCAGGGGAUUGACUCGAGGAGGAGGACCAAGGAUAUGGUGAACGCGAACGAGACUCUGAACAUGAUCCGGGAUCGGGCUUCGACCACGAACCUUGCACGAUACCGAGAUGAUGACGAGAGUGAGGAGACUCCAUCAGACCAGCAACAGCAGCCUCGUCUUCAGAGGAGACACUCGACAAUCACGGUGCAGAGGGAGACGGGCGAGACGAGCACGAUUGUAGAGGAAGGAACGUCAUACUCGUUCCCGCACUUGAAGUCAAUCAAGCCCUUGCCACUGCUCCCUGUCCAGGUCGAGAUUUCGAGGUUGUUGAACCAGCAGGAGUGGAAGAAGGUGAUCAUUGAUAUUGACGGCAUGAAUGCGCAUGCGUCGAUUGUUGUGCGCGAAAAGCGGUUUGCGAACGACGGAGGCGUUGCAGCUGUACAGCACCUUGUCGACAUGUUCAAGGGAGAUGGUGAAGACGCCUAG